AGUCGCAAAUGGUUACAGGUUGCACGAAGGAAACUUGGAGCGUCAGGAGCCUGUCCAGCGCUGCCGAACUACUCGGGGAGUCAGGGCCAGGUGGAGGCAGAGCGGGUCAACAGGGCUCUGGACCGGGGCGACUGCUGGACGCCUAUCCCCGUCCGCCAUGAUGUCGGAGGUCGACCACCUAUCUGCCCCGCUCUCAACCCCUGGUCCUUUCUUUCACCCGUCCUCCGCACGACCCGAAAGAGCAGGCGUCUGGGGAAGCCUCCCAACGACGACAGCUCCGAGGGUGCGGGGCUAGCGGAACUGCGCCCGAGGAGUAGCGCGGGGCAAGGCUGCCUUAACUCCACAGCCCGGCGGCCCGUCUGGCGCCCCCUGGUGACGUCAGGCGGCGCGACUCCCGCGAUGCUCCGCGCCGCGCCGCGCCCGAAACGGAGCGCGCGCCCGGCAGUCAGAGGGCCUGGGCUUUGGUGCGGCCCCGUUUACGAGAAGGGCUCCUGGAAACAGGUCGCGUCGCUCGUCCGGAAUCACAGCGGCGGUGGCAGACUGCCAGAUGGACUCCAGAGCCUGAUUUUCCCUCCAUCUUCACGGAAGAGGGCGGUGAUGCCGCCGUGUGUCAUCUGCGGCCGCGGGGCCUGGCCAGGCUGUGGCGGUGGUUUCCACCACCGCUGGACAAGGCUUUGGCGUCCCUCGGCGGUUCCAUCCCCGACUUUGUGCCGGAACUCCGUAACCUGCGAGUCCUUCUCUGCUUGGUUCCUGGACAAGUGGCCACAUUGAAAAAGAAAGCUAAGUUUGCAAAAGCUGAUGCCCAGAAAGCCCAGGGUAGAGGUCAGGGGUGUGGGCUGGACAUGGUGUGUGUAUAAAGCAGCCCAGGGCCCUGGCGCUCGUCUCGGAGUCUCCUCCCCUUUACAGGAACGCAAGAAAUUUGGAUUCGGUGGUUUCUAAGAUCAAAUUCUUAUCCUAUGCAGGUGCAUAAAUGAGGACACAGCAGGGGUUGGCAUGAUCUGGACAAACCCAGGCAGAGUUGAUUCCCCACACCUCUCUCAGUGAUCGAAGAGGGACCCCUAGAAUCUUACAAAUAGAACAUAUCCAAAAUUCCUUGUGUCCCUUUGUAAUCCCUUUUCUGUAACCAUUUUCACUUUAAUUGGUUCUGUUAUGCAGUUUCUACAGUUGUAUGUAAAUUAUAUCAUACAGUAUCCACUCUGGCUUUUUUCAGAAAAAUUAUUUUGAGAUUCAUAUUGUAUUA